GAGGACCUUAAAAGCCCCCACACCAAGUCCCCGCUAAAAAAAAUAGUGCAGAGCAGAACAGAAAGUUUGAGUUCGCGAUUUCGAUUUUAUUUUUACGCUUCUGAUUCAUCUGAUUCAUCUGGUUCUUACAUUCGCAUUCCCAAAUAAUCAUCAAUAUAGCAGUACAAUUCUUCAUUACUCAGCUUUAUGGAUCAAUAGAUCAAUUCUUAACAAUUCUUAACAAUUUCAUGACUACUCUACUUUAUAUUUAAAUAGGGAUUUUAUUAAAUAACAGCCCAUGCCACAACAUGUCAGCUCGCGGCGGUAGAGGAGGAGGGCGCGGCGGCCGCGGCGGCUUCGGAGCUGCUCGCAAAGCCGCACCUGCGGGCAUGCCCGGUGCCGACGACCCAACAUUGCUGUUCAAUGAGAAGCCUCAGGAUACAUAUCCGAAAACCUACAACCCGCCCAUCGCCCCUCCCCUCGACACCCCCGAAGCCCGCUCCGUCGCCUCCUUCGUCUCCUUCCGCAACGCCUUCCACACCACCCCCUUCUACACGCACCGCCACCUAACCAACACCUCCGCCGACGACGACAGCUCCUCCCAGCCCACCGCCCCGCCCCGCCGCACCUACGGCCAAGUCCAGCUCAACGCCCGCUUCGCCGUCAAGAACCGCGCCACCCUCGACCCCUUCCAGGGCGUGCCCAUGUACAGCCACCGCUUCCAGGACGAGUACCGCACCCUGCCCGACCUGAAAGCGCGCGCCGCCCCCUACAUCAAGGCGCUGUUCCCGGAGGAGCUCUGGGGCACGCUCGACGGCCGGGACGCUGGCGGGCCUAAGGGCGGAUACGAGGGCAGCAAGCCCAUGAAGUCCCGCGGCGCCGCGGGGAGUCUAAAGCGCAAAGCUGCCGCAACACUAGACCGCGAUACCUACAACGACGAAGACAUCGACGGCGACGACGCCGACGACGACGAAACCCAGCACACGAACCUCCUCCGCCGGCGCCGGCAAGGCGAGACCGAAGAGCAGCGCAAGGCGCGCAUCGAGCUCGCGAUCAAGGAGGGCGAGAACGAGGACGAGAACAAGGAAGGGGGAGGCGGCGGGGGAGGGGGGGACGUCGAGCUAGACGAGGAAGAGGAGGAGAUGCUGUCGCAGGAAGACGACGACUACGGCGAUGACGAGGGCGGCGACUACGAUGCCGAGGCGUACUUUGAGAACGGUGACGCGGAUGAUAUGGGAGAUGACGAGGGGGUCGGGGAGAGUGCUAUGGACUUUUGAUUCUCUGGUUCCGGUCACUUGAACAACCAAUCUGCUGGCACGGAAGUUUUGAAGAAUUAAAAAAAACGCAUCUGUACGAAAAUAAAGAAAAAAGAAAAAGGGGGGGGGUUCUGUAACUACCUAUGUAGUAUUGCAUCUGAUUGGGCGUUUAUGAGAAAAAAAGGAGAGAGAGAGAGAGAGGGAAAAACUUGUAACCUACCUAUAGAACAGAACUCGAUGGCUACCUACACUACCUACACUACCUACCUACCUACCAUUCCCGAACCAUAGCAGAGAGGGUGUGUGUGGUAGGUAUUGUACACAACAUACAUAAUCUGCCAAAUACCUACCUAGUAUGAUACCAACGCUGAUUUAUUAAACUGUCU